AUGGGAAAUUUAACACCAGUACCGGAAGAAACAAAAAAUAUUUUAAAAGCCAGAUACAUUGAAGUUGCAAAACGUAAAACAUAUGACAUUUCAGAAGAGAAUGAUGAUGAUAUAAAUGGUAGAAAAAAAUUUGAUUCCCUUGUAAAAAAAUUUUUACAGAUGACAUUUAUACUAAGACGUAAUAAUCAUGUAAAUUUAAAAAUUGUUUUAACAAUAGGGAAAUAUCCCAAAUUUGAAGAUGAAGUUAAUGAUUGGAUAAAAAAAAUAAAAAAAAUAUUAAUUAGAUUAGAUGUACAGUUAGAUAAACAUAUGGCAGAUGACUGCUGUAAAUGUAAUCCCCCUUGCCCAGAUGAUGAUAUGGAAGCAAUUCGUGUACUUCUUAUGUGUUUUCAAUUUCCAAUUUCUAAUGCACUAAAAAAAUUAAAAGCUGAGAAUGGUGUCGUUAAAUUUUUAAGAGAAAAAUAUGGUAUAAGACAAUGUAAAGUCGUUCCAAGAAGAAUGGCAAUGUUUGAUAGACAAGGAAAUCGCACACAUUCUCCGGUAUUACUUACGGGUUCUCAUUCAUUAAUUAUUAAUUUUGGUGUAAACAACAUAUUCAAAGACAGUCAGUUACUUUCAGGAAAAACAAGUUGGCUUCAGGUAACAACAAAUAAAUUUUUUGAAAUUCAAUAUCGUAUUGCUUGUUCUUUAAAUUAUUAUGGUAAUGAAUGUUCAAGAUUUUGUAAUCCCCCCAUCCAUGAAAAUGAACACUUUAUAUGUACAGAUGAAGGUACAAUACAAUGUAUUGAUGGUUGGAGUGGUAAAAAAUGUGAUAAACCAAUUUGUACAAAAGGUUGUGGUAAAAAUGGAAAAUGUAUAGGACCAAAUAAAUGUCAAUGUUCUAAUUUAAUGGUUCAAGAAAGUUGUGAAGAAUGUAUUCUGUUACCAGGAUGUCAAAAUGGUUAUUGUUCUAUAACAAAUAGAUGUACAUGUAAAGAUGGAUGGGGUGGAGAAUUUUGUAAUAUUAAAUUAGAUCCAUGUCAAAUAGAAAACAUUUGUAAAAAUGGAGGGAUCUGUAAAUCAGAAAAAGAUGGGGCAAUUAAUUGUGAAUGUCAGAAUGGAUAUUAUGGUAAAUAUUGUCAAAAGAAAAAAAGAACAUGUAAUGAACACAUUUGCUUAAAUAAUGGUUCAUGUUAUAUACAUAGUGAUGGAACUCCAAAAUGUAAAUGCGUUAAUAAUUUUAUUGGUACUUAUUGUCAAACAAAAAUAAUAAAAAAAAAUAAAAUGAAUGUUGAAAUUAAAAGUAACCAUCAUCAGAAUAUCAAUUUUGCAAAUAUCAAUAUGAUUCUUUUUAUUAUUGCUUUAAUAAUGUUACUAUUAAUAAUGAUUCUACUGGUAUCAAUAUUAAUUUUUAAAAGAAGAUCUAAAAUUAUUCCUAUUGAAGAUGGUGAUUAUAAAAAAGAAAAUAUAAAUAUUUCAAAAACUGAAAAUAUAUACACAUCAGAACCUUACAAUUUAAAAUUUAAAGAAAAUAUCGACUUUUCAACAACGACACCUCAAUUGGAGGCUGUUGCAAAAGAAAUGUUAUCCAAAAAUACAUCUUUAACAUAUUUGAAACCUUUCAAUAGUAUUUAUUAUACAAUUUCUUAUGAAUAA